CGCAGCCCAUUCAGUGUGCAUGAAUACGGAGUGAGGAGAGGACAGGAGCUCUGGGAGUACUGGGACUGGGAGGACACAGCGGACUGGACGGACCGGACCGGACCCGGGAGCAGGCGGACAUGGAGGGACAGAACGGCAGCAGCGGCAGCAUCCGCUCCCGGCCGCAGGGCAGCGCGACGGAGAGCAAGAAGAAGAAGAAGAAGAUGAAGGAGAUCCCCGACAGGGUGACUCUGAAGAAGGAGAUUGGACUGCUGAGCGCGUGCACCAUCAUCAUAGGGAACAUCAUCGGCUCAGGGAUCUUCAUCUCUCCGAAGGGCGUCCUGGAGCACUCGGGCUCGGUGGGUUUGGCAUUGGUGGUUUGGGUCCUGGGAGGUUGCAUUGCUGCAUUGGGCUCCCUCUGUUAUGCUGAGCUGGGCGUCACCAUCCCCAAAUCUGGAGGAGAUUACUCGUACGUCACAGAGAUAUUUGGAGGUCUGAUGGGGUUCCUCUUGUUGUGGAGCGCCGUCCUCAUCAUGUACCCGACAACGCUGGCAGUCAUUGCCCUCACCUUCUCCAGCUACGUCCUGCAGCCCGUCUUCCCAGACUGUGUCCCUCCUUACAUGGCCACACGGAUGCUGUCCGCCACCUGUCUCUUGCUGCUGACCUGGGUGAACUGCUCCAGCGUUCGUAUGGCGACCAGGAUCCAGGACGUCUUCACGGUGGGGAAGCUGAUGGCUCUGGGACUCAUCAUCGUGGUCGGCCUGGUCCAGAUCUGCAAUGGGAACUACGAGGCUCUGACCCCUCAGGUGGCCUUUUCCCUGGACAGGACGCCGUCGGUCGGGCAGAUCGCUCUGGCCUUCCUGCAGGCCUCGUUCGCCUUCAGCGGCUGGAACUUUCUUAACUACGUCACAGAGGAGGUGGUUGAACCCAGACGGAAUCUACCUCGUGCCAUCUACAUCUCCAUACCAUUGGUGACCUUUGUGUACACGCUCACCAACAUCGCCUACUUCUCCUCCAUGUCACCCGAGGAGCUGCUGUCAUCCAAUGCCGUCGCUGUCACGUUUGGAGAGAAGCUGCUCGGGAUGUUCUCCGUCAUCAUGCCGAUCUCCGUGGCUCUGUCCACCUUUGGAGGGAUCAACGGCUACCUGUUCACCUCCUCCAGGUUGUGUUUCUCUGGAGCCAGAGAGGGUCACCUGCCCAGCCUGCUGGCCAUGAUCCAUUUUAAGAACUGCACACCUAUCCCCGCCCUGCUGGUCUGCUGCGCUGCCACCAUUGUUAUUCUCUGCAUCGGAGAGACACACAACCUGAUCAACUACGUCUCCUUCAUCAACUACCUGUCGUACGGCGUCACCAUCGCCGGCCUGCUCUACUACCGCUGGAAGAAACCCAACCUGUACAGACCCAUCAAGGUGAACCUCUUGGUUCCUGUUUGUUACCUGAUGUUCUGGGCGCUGCUGCUGGGUUUCAGUCUUUACUCCGAGCCCGUGGUCUGUGGCGUUGGUUUAGUCAUCAUGCUCACCGGUGUACCCGUCUACUUCCUGGGCGUCCAUUGGAAAGAGAAACCAAAGUGCAUCUACAACUUCAUCGAGAGGGCGACGUACGUGGGCCAGAGGUUGUGUUUUGUGGUCUUUCCUCAAUUUGACCCCAUCGAGAUCGACAGUCCUUCAGAGAAGACUGACCGCUCAUCAGGCAGGGGCAGUUUGUCUGCCAAUUCUUAAAACUUUGUUUUGAAGUAGAUCUUUGCUGUUUUUGCUUUUUACUCCGUCACUGUAAGUCCAGACACUCCGUCCUGCUGCAGGAGCUUCAUGUCUGAUGUCCGACCCUCUGAGACUCUGGUUUCCCUUCAGCUGAGUGGAAACGACCUUUUUUCUUUUCUACUAAGUCGUCAACAAGCUAAUGCCGACAGUGUCGCACUGUGAAAGAGACUUUGAGUCCCGUUUUGGACACUUUUUCUGUCACAUGUCAGAACGCCGACCAUGACAGUGUUUCUUCAGAAUGUUGUUGGUCCAGUGUCUCCCACACAGAUGAUCCCUGGGCGGGCAGCCGAGCUACCAGAUAUUGUCCUUGUUUUGACCAGCGAAAAUGCUUCAACCGAAAGUCGGACUGAAGGCCUUCAUCAUCCAGACACCAUAUUGUUCCCUUUAUUUCAGUAUAUCAUGAACCCACCUCCACUUUUUAAGUCCCCCACCCUCAUCCCAUAGGACAACAGCAAGAGCUCGACAUCUGCUUGAGUCUGUUUUCCAUUAGAGUUACCGUUAUCACAUUUAAUCACAUAAUGCCCCGUUGUGCACGCUGCCCGGCUCCUCAGGCGCACCACCGUUUUACCCGACGCACUUUUGAGUCAUUUCUGAGCGACCGAGCGUCUCAGUGUGAUCCCAACUUAAGGCCUUUUGACCCCCCCCCCCACCCCCCUCCCCCCAUACUGCCCAGGUACAGCGUCAUUCUGUGGGAAACACUGCUGCCUUUUAUCGUGCCUUAAGGCUUUUUCACACCGAGUUUUAAACAAAUUAACUUCAGAUUUCUUCUUUUCUUCUUCAUGUAAAAACAGACUGGAGAACUUCUUCGGGUUAAAUGAGUCUGACUUUAUAAAAAAAAUUAUAUUUAUGUGUUUAUUUCAAACUUCAAACGGGGAAAAUGUACAUUCAAAUGUUUAUUAAUAUCAACUGAUCCACUUUAUUAGAUCUUAAUAUAUGUUUUUGUUCGAGUGCCUUUGCUUUGUGUAUCUCAUUUGAUUAUUUGAGAAGCUCUUUGGUCUUCCAUGCAUCAUCUAUUUUCUUGUUUGAACUCUUUUAAAGCAGACAGUUUCUUAAUCUGCUCUCACAUCGGUCCACAUCACUACAGUAACGAAAAAGUAAGGCUGUCAGUAUUAACAAGUUAAUCAGGAUUAAUCUCAUGCUAUUUUGUCCCUUUAGGCUCACUGUAGAUCGUUGUCCUCAGUGUCUCUCUGUGUGGAGUCUGCAUGUUCUUAGAAUGGGUGUGUAUGUGACUUCCUGUGCUUCUGCUGCCAGCCUCUAGUGGACACUCCAGGAAGUGCAGGAUUUUACACUUCAGCAUCGGCUUCAUUUUUCAACACCUGAAGUUGCUUGUUUUAAAACCCAACAAUCUGCAUGUGUCGGAGGAAAAUGCCCGCUGUAUGAAUAUGACUAAAUGGGACACGGCUUCAUUUAUUUUUGAGUCUUUAUGUUUGACAUUCUUCUAACAUGUAUUUUUCUAUGGAAGCCCAGAGACACCAUGCAACCAAUCUUUUUAUUUUAUUCCAUUUGCCGUUAUCUCAGGAUAACACUGCUCGUGUUCCCCUGGGAAGAAGUUAAUUUCUUACAAUCUAAAGAAAACUAGGGCUGUCUGCAUUAAUGAGUUAGUCACAAUAAAUGAGGUCUGAACUGAAUGCAUUCAUUUUUGUAACCCUGAUUAAUCUCAUCUUAUUUUCUCCCUUCAGGCUCACUGUAGAUAGUCAUCCUCAGUGUCUCCCUGUAGUCUCAGUGAUGUAAAAGAAGGACACUGCUGCAUCUUUGAAUGUCUCAUUUCACUUUAACAAACUCUCAGACAGCUCAGCUGACGAGUGCAAAGUAAUAUCCACCUUAUGACAUCACACAUUGACCUUUGUUACCGUUCCUUUGAGCUGUUUGACCUCAGUUUGGGAUCCCUAACCACUUCCUGUUUCUGUGCUUCACUUCAUGUCCUAACCUUCCAUCUACCAGAAGCUCCUUACUGUAUUACAAAAUAAAAGCACACAGCAAGUUAAGUACUCUCAGCUUAAGACAGAACUAAAUUUCAAAAUAAAAGCCUAAGAAUUUUUAUUUGAAAAUGCGAAAUAAUGGAAUUUCCAACAUGUGAUUAAUCGCGAUUAACUAUUUAAUUUGGCAAGUUAUCCUGAUUAGAAUUUCUAAUCGUUUGACUGCCCUAAAAUUAACUCGUAAUCUCGGGAACACCAGCGUUGUUAUCCCGAGAAAACGAAGCAUAAGGUCAUCUUGAAAAUGAAGUAAAGUCAAAUGUAUGGAUGUGUAUCUGUUUCGGGCUUCACCUGCCAUGUUAACUAAUCACCUGUAUGCAUGUUGUCUGAAAGGCCCUGUGUUCUAAUGAAGCCUCUAUUGAUUGUUGUUCAUUUACAGUCACAUGGGUUUAAUCAUAAACUUUACACUCAUACAUGCAACUGUAUUUUGUCUCCAAAUGUUCAGCUGCACAGCCCUUCACAUGAUUUAUCAUUCAUGAAGCUAAAUAUAUUUAAAGCUCACAGACUCUAAACAUGUCGUAUGCAUUCUUGAUUUUGUUUUCUGGCGUCCUCUCACAGUGGAUACUUCUUUGUUUUAAUAUAAAUUAAUCUUUAAAGGCCUUACUCAUCAGUUCAUAAAUAAGAUUGUAAAAACACACAGCACAGCAUCUGCAGCAGCUGGUCUCCAGUUCUCGUCCCGUGCAGACACGUUCACACUGUAAAUUAUUUGUAAAGCACGCGGCGUUUAAAACAUUACAUGAGAUGUUAACACAUUAGAGCACUUUUUGUUUGUUUGUAAAAAUUAGUAAAUAACUUUAGUAGAACAAUAAAUCCAGAAUAAAUUGGA